UUUCAUGAAUGAACAGCUUAUGCAGCAGUCUAGCAGUUUAGGGCCCAAAAUUAAACAACAUAUACUUGAAAAAUGAUGGGAACCUGCCCAGGCAGAGGGACACAGUCUUGCGGAGAUUGAGAAUGAAAAGAGAAGGUUCCACAGGAUGAACAGAGUCCUUGGGGGACCAGGAAGCAUACACAAAAGGCACUUCAAGGAAGGAAGCAAAAAGAACCCGAGGAGCAAACAGAGAUCCCCGCCAUCUGUACAGAACAUUGCCAAAGACAGGCGGCUCAGGAGCCCACCCACAAUGGAGCUGCAGCACCUUGACCUGGUGCAGAAGCCCAGGAGGUUGGUGGGAAACUCUUUCCAUCCAGAGCCCUCACUUCCAAGGGAACAGGGCAUAGGAGUCUCUUCUUCCCCACAAUCAAACAUCCCUGAGUCAGAAGAAACUAUAUCAGAAAAUGCAGCCCUCAAGACUCCUGCUGCAGAGUCUGCUGUGCCUAUAUCCACCUUAGUUCCAACUGUUCAAAAUGCCGGUGAGACUCAGCCAAGAUUCUACAUCGUAGGCAGUGACUCACACACCCCACCCAUCCGUGCUGCUUACCCAGCGCUGUUAUCACCAGGUGAACAGUCUGAAGCUCAGCUGAACCAGCAGCUGAAGCCCCUCAUCCCCAACAACGUGAGAAAGCUCAUUUCUCACGUUAAGACUUUAAAGACGGACAGCUCUGAGGCUCACUUGCAAUUGUCCCAUGCCAAGCUCAUAUCCAGAGCAGACCUCCUGAUGAAGCUUCUCAGUGAGCUGCAGGAAAUCAAGGUAGCCAGGACUAACUGGGAUCCAGACCAGUGGAAAACUGAAAACUACAUCAGUGAGAGCACAGAAGCCCAGAGCAAACAGGAGGAGCUGGAGUCAAGUCAGCGCUCGGAGGUUCCAAGAUACGGCUCUGAGAAAAAACUCAUCUUAGCAGUAUCUCUGACUGUAGUAGUGACGGUUUUCGUUCUCACUUUCUGCCUCAUUGAGGUAAGGACAAUGCAUUCAGGUGUCCAGAAUGUACCCUCUCUGUGUAAUAUUUUUAGAACCCGCAAACUAAAAACCAAAGUCACUUAC